CAAGAGGGAGUUUUUGCCCGUGCCCUUACUUUCCCAUUCGUCGCCUAGCGAAGGCAAUGAUGAAACAGCGAGGAAUUCCAUUUGGAGCUUAACUGUGUAGCGAAGCGAAUCGCUUCCAUUAGGGACUUUCCUCAAUUCAUAAACUAAAUAUACAUAUGUAUUCACUUUAAUGCUAAAAAUUAACGAAGCAAUGCCUGAAAUCAAGAGACUUUGCCUCGCCACCGAGAAUAGUCAUAUCGCAGCCAAUGCCAUGCUGCUAACAAAGAUAGAUGAACUCAAUUCCCAAGUCCUGUCGCAGCGCGCAGAAAUCGAAAACUUGACGAGGGCGGUUAAGACACUUACGGAAUUCGUUAAGCAGUCGAUGAAAACGACCAAGCCGAAGGCGAAGGGAAAUCCGGACGAUGAUUUUCCAAUUAUGUAUGAGGAGGAUCUGGUCGAAGUGAAUCACAAGAUAAGCCAGGACUCCAGGGGGAUCUAUACGAAUUCCAUGCGGAAAUUCCUGCGCCAGGGAAGAUUAAGCCGCACCAUAAGACUCAUUUUCUCCGAGGACAUCCUUCUGAACUACAAUAUUGAUGGGAAUCAGAAAAAGAAAAGACUAAAAGAUCACGAACAUCUGUUUCGUUCGCUUAUGAACGCCAUCGGUCAGGUGGAACCGACGCUACCCUCGGAAAAAGUCUUAUUCAAAGCCAUGAGAUGCGUUAAGAAUUGCGCAGCCAAAAAGAAGGGCAAGGUAGAUGAUGACCCCUUGUCCGUUUUGAGCGUGGAGAAAUCAUAACUGUGCCCAUGUGAGAUGACAUAGUAGAAACAAGGAUUUAAAUAUAAGUAAUGAUUUACGGGCGAAUCAAUCCGAAUUGAGGAUGAAUACCCAAAUAGUGGUUGAUGGAUCAUCAUCACUUUGUUGAGAAGUUAUCACUUCAUGGAGAAGAGCGAGAGCAAAACAAAAGACGAAAAGAAAACAUCGAUUUUUCACUAUACUAUCGAUGUUUCACGCCUUCAAAGUGAAAUGUCCAAAAAAUAUGCCUCGUUUUCUUUAUAUGAUUACUAAAUGACACAUUUUUUUAAAAUAAUAUAAUUAUUAAAUGCCUGGUGAUAUUAGCAUUAUCACUCUUGUGAAAGC